AUGGCUGUCAAUCAGACUUCAACGUCUCCUUCGGAGAUUCAAAAAUAUCUCCAGCUCGACCAGAAGAACAAGAUCAUGGCCGAGUACGUCUGGAUCGAUGCCGGCGGCGAGACUCGAUCAAAAUCAAGGACUCUUGAUGCCAAGGACGUCGAGUACACUCCCGAAAACCUCCCCGUCUGGAACUUCGACGGCUCCUCAACCGGCCAGGCUGCCGGCCACGACUCCGACGUCUACCUGCGCCCUUGCGCCGUCUACCCCGAUCCCUUCCGCGGUUCACCCAACAUCAUCGUCCUCUCCGAGUGCUGGAACUCCGACGGCACUCCCAACAAGUACAACUUCCGCCAUGAGUGCGCCAAGGUCAUGGAGGCCAACGCCGAGCGCGAGCCCUGGUUCGGUCUUGAGCAGGAGUACACUUUCCUCGGUCAGGAUGACCGGCCUUAUGGCUGGCCCGUUGGCGGCUACCCUGCUCCUCAGGGUCCCUACUACUGCGGUGUAGGUGCUGGCAAGGUUGUCCUGCGCCACGUCGUUGACGCUCACUACAAGGCCUGUCUCUAUGCUGGCAUCAACAUCUCUGGUACCAACGCCGAGGUUCUGCCCGGCCAGUGGGAGUUCCAGGUCGGCCCUUGCGUCGGCAUCAGCAUGGGCGACGAGCUCUGGAUGUCCCGUUUCUUCCUUGCCCGCAUCGCUGAAGAGUUCGGCAUCAAGGUCACCCUGCACCCCAAGCCCAUCCAGGGCCCAUGGAACGGCUCUGGCCUGCACUCCAACUUCUCCACCAAGGACAUGCGUGCCGAGGGUGGCAUGAAGUAUAUAGAGGAGGCCAUCAAGGCCCUCGAGCCCCACCACAUGGAGUGUAUCAAGGAGUACGGUGAGGACAAUGAACUCCGUCUGACCGGCGAGUACGAGACCGGCUCCAUCGAGAAGUUCAGCUGGGGUGUCGCUAACCGCGGCACUUCCAUCCGUGUUCCUCGUGAGAUUGCCGCCCGCGGCUGCGGUUACUUUGAGGAUCGCCGACCCGCCUCCAACGCUGACCCGUACCGUAUCACCAAGGUCCUGAUGACCUCCAUCUUCGGCAAGAUCUAA